AGGGUCUUUAUCAUAAGCAAGUUACACUACUGCUGUAAAUGCAUUAGAAGAAGCUUUGAGAAAGUGUGAGAACAUGAAUAACUCAACUAAGCGUGUCAUGGAACCAAUGUUACCGACUCUUGGUUCUAAUCAUGUGAAUAUGAGUAACUCUGCUUGUAAUAUGAGUAGGAAGGACAAUUCUUUGAAGAAAAGACAGGUACUUCCAGAGCCAAAGAUCAUUGCCAUCGGGGUUGACAGCAGCUGGCAGCAAAUGGCCAAUUCUACAAGAGCAGCAGGCCUUGAUUGUUCUUAUGAAUCACAGCAGAGCAUUCAAGAAACGGUACGGCAUAGUCUCAUUGUUAAUAGAUGCACUUGUAGAUCAGCUGAACUCAAAUCUCACAACUUGGACGCCUAUUAUGCCUCUCAACAAAUUGUUUCGGGGAUGGGACAAUUGAACAAAGUGGCUACCAACCGUAUUGAUUUUUUCAGCAACCAUAACAUCCAAGGCCUAGGACAAUUGAACUCAAUCACUCAUAUCCAUGAUGCCCACUACAUCACUCCACAAGGGAUGAAUGGGAUGGCGGAGUUACAUUUCAGACAACAAACUAACCCAAGUUGUUUUGAUGUUCAAGAUGGCUUGCAAAAUGUGGAACAGUCCUCUGAAGGAUCCUCACAGUUACUUGAGAUUGGAGCCAAACAACUCAAUUCAAGGAACCCUCUGCAAUAGUUAGGUUAACUGAUAGUGAGGUGUAGAUGGUCAUUUAUGUUCAGUGUCAUAUAUUUGAUAGAAGUCAAAUACUAACCCCUUUAUCUGAUGAGCAUAGAUUCAUCCCA